CGUGUUGACAAGCUGUCGCAGUAUGGAAUAGAAGGCAGGAAUAAACGGCCGUACAAUUUUUUUUACGAAACAAGUACAGUAAAAAAGGAAUAAUCUAUAAAUUUUAACAGAUAAUUCUUCACUCUACGGAAAACAAAAAAUGUAGAAAUUAAGUCUACAGCCACUAAAAAAUGAAACAGUAAAGAAAUUAAAGAACUAAAAUGGUCGACGUAACGACAGCUUUACCAGCUGAUACUGGAUCGUUGAUGGGACGAACUAGGGGUGCAUUCAGAUCUAUGAGAUCAGUUUUAGGAGAAGGUGGAGAAUACCUCCAAGGAUUAGGAAACAGAAUCGGAUCUGCCCUCAGUAAUAGUUUGGAAGAAAGUGAUCUGGCGACUCCCUCAUCUUCAUCUCCACUUCAAGCUCUCGUUAAAGAUGAGGAACUUGGUAGAAAGAAAUUGAGACUUCCAAAGUUCGGAAAUGGAAUGUCUUAUGAAGAUUACGAAGCAAUGGCUCGACACAAAACGGAACGGCGGAUAGUAAAAAACGAACCAAUUCGAACUCCCGAUAUUAGUCCAGAGUCUAUAGAACCUAUUCAGGAAAAAGAUAUUAAGGCCACAGGUCCUGACCCCUACGACAAAUUAAAUUACAAAACCGCAAGGGCUCCCACUCGCUAUCAGACGGUCGUUUUUCGUUUAGAUAUGCCAUGCAGUAGUGGUUCGAGCGAUCAAGAUGGGUAUGGUCCUAGUACCAGUUUAGAUUCAAAUAUGGAUGGCCGAAAAAUAUGGCAAAGAUCAUGUUCCUCUGGAUCUCUUCAAUCAUGGGCAUCAAGUUUAUCAGCCGAUAGUCAAUCAGAAGAGACAGCCGUAGAAUUUAUGAAAUUUUUCGUGCCACUUUUAUUUGAUGCUCCAGGAUCGAUCGAUCAAGAACAAAAGGCUACUUUCGGCCAACUAGUUCAAACAGAGAAUGGUAGAGUAUGGUUUUCUCGGGUAGUCAAUGCCCGACGAGCUCGACCUUGUGUUUCUGAGGAAUCUUUUUACUCACUAGCACAACAUUUUGCAGUUGCACUUUUUGAAUGUCACGAAGCUGAUGAUUUUGCACCAGCAAAAAGCCUCAUGAACAUGUGUUUCACUUUUUAUCACGAAGUUCAAGUGCCUGGGGUGGAGCCUUACCGUGAAUAUUUAUACACAAAUUUGAGGGUCCAACCAAUUUGGACUUCGAUGAGAUUUUGGACUGCAGCAUUUUUUGAUGCAGUCCAAUGCGAAAGAGCAGCCAGACCUGUUCCUCAUAGACCAAAAACUCUUGAUCAAGAAAUUGUUGCUACUGAUGAUCGAAAAUUUCAAGCCAAUAUAGUAUUUGGUCAAUUAGGAACAUUCACUUGUAACAUGCAUGCAUUUGGUCUCUCGAGAAACCUAUGCCUGGAAUUUCUUCGAAAACAGUGUAUUAUUUCAAAUCUAACACAAGACCAAGAAAAAAUGCUACGAGACAAUAUUGAUAGGAUGUUUGACGAAACCGAGCCUUGGCGAUAGCUUCAUCAGCCCACUAAAAUUAAGCGUAAAGAAAUUCGAAAAAAUAAACAUUUCGCGUGAAUUAAAAAAAAAGAGGAUAGAAGUUCUGAUUAGAACCUAAUUGAAGAACGUAAAAUUGAAUCUUUCAGCUUGGAAAGACUGCAUAUCAAUCAAUAGCGAGCGAAAUAGUGCAACUUUAAAGUUAGCUGACGCGUGCGCCUGUACAAUUAGAAACAUGUCCAGGAUCCUCCGAGGAUCCUGGACAUGUUGCUGAACGUGAAGGCGCACGCGGCAGAAGACUUUCCAAUUGCGCUAACACAAUUCUGAUAAUCAAAAUGAUUGGUGAAAAAUAUAAAUAAGAAUUAAGAGCCCUCUAAAAAAUUUGGAACGCGACAAAAAGCUCAAAGAGGGUUUCCUUUUUUACUAAAUGCUAAUAGAUGAUUACAAAAGUAAUUGAAAUUCUCGUAGUUUUUUCUAAUUUAGACCUACAAUAAAUUUUCAAUUAAAGCUAAAUUUUGAUCCACAGAUUAAUUAAUACUUUUUAAUCAAAGAACUAGUUAGAAUCAGCAUUUAGUAAUUAUAGUUUUCCAAAGAAAAAAUAAGGAUUAAUAGAAAUUUUGAUUUAAAUCUUUAAUUUAAAUCUCAUUAAAAUCUUCGAGAUUGCUAGACUCUUGCCAAAAUAUAAAAGAAAUAUCAGUAUUUCUAUCUCAAAUAUAGUAUUUUCAAUGACAGCUUCCUGUUUGCGUCGUCCAAUAAGAUUUAAGUAUAAAAUUUAUUUAUUAAACUAAGUAUAGAGAAAGAAGAUUAUAUCAAUAAAAUGUAAUAGGUUUAUAAUGUUCUUCCGUUAUGAAACUUCCAAAAUAUUUUGUUUUUUACAGAGUAUAUGUAAAAAAAGAGAUAUUGAGGGCUUAAGUUAAUGUUAUGUAUGGGAAGACAGGUACACACUGGAUCAAUACCCAGUGGGCACAAAAUUUGGCGACGUCUUUACGACAUCGUUCGACAUCUUUACGACAUCCUAUGUCCAUGACGUUUUGGCGUCUUUGCGAUAUCGUAA